CAGGUGAAUCGAGGCCGCCAUGUCGAGUGUCGAGUUCUGUCACAAAGGCUGGGUAUCGUGCGCCGUGCGAGGCGUUAUCUUUCCUCGCGACAAUGCCAUGUUGCUAUGUUAUUGCGGGGAAGACAGAGCGUUCGCGCUUUUUAACAGGUCUACGACGCGGGCUGGUGCACGGCGAGUGACGCUCGCGGACGAGACGUCCGUAUGAGAGUGCGCGCCGCCAGGCCCGAUGGCGAAACCGGAGCGGCUUCGCUUCACAAUUCUGGAUGACUUGAUACUUUUGCGCGAGGUCUCGGAGCAGAACCCGUACGAGGAGAGCGACAGGUGGAAGACCGUCGCCGAGCGAGUCGUGAGCGCGACGCAUAAGAACUUCAGCUUGCGCUGCGUCAAGGAGCACGUCGAUCACCUGCUGAAAAUCUGGGCCAGGGAGGGCCGCGCACACUUGAGAAAGUCGGGGACCGAGGAGCAGUAUAAUGAGAAAGAAGGACUCCUUCAGCAAGUGCAAGACUUGCAAAAGGAAUUCAGGCGUUCUGGCAAAGGCUCUAAUGCGCAGAAGUCAAGAAUACCGAGGGAUGUGACGCUGGAGAACAUUUCUGACACGUUAGAAGUGAUAAUAGAGGAGCCAACGAUGCCAACAUCCAUACCUUCAUCGUUCAUGUCUUCGACAUUGCUACCAAUUGCUUUACCUUCGCCAACUUCGUCAUCCUCGUCUUCGUCGUCGACUCCAUUAACUUCAGGGAGCCCGCUGCGGUCGCCAACCACGUCGCCGUCGAGAACAGGUGGCCCGAUAAGGAACAAAGUGCGCCACGAUGCACUGAAGAAAUCAACGUUACAUUUUUUGCAAGAAAGACAUAAGAGGGAAGUAGAAUUCCAAGAGAAGCAAUUUCGUCUCGAGGAGAGGAGAAUUCAACUUGAGGAAGAAAAAUUCAAGAUGGAAAGAAAGGAACGCGAGGCGAGACUUGAAUUGGAAAUUGAAGAAAGGAGGCAAAGGAUCGCGAUGUCCAAACAGAAACAAGAGAUUCUGGAAAUAUUGUUACAACUAAUACAUAAACCUUGAUUAUUUUUGUAAGUGAUAGUUUGUCUUUAUUUUAUCGGUUCAUAAAUAAAACUAUUGUUAAAAAAAUGUUCCAUCUUGCAACGAUACUUAUUAUACAUAAAAGAAAGAUAGAGAUUUUUUAUUAAACCAAACACUUGUUUCAAAUAGCACUACUAUAAGUACGAUUAAAUAUAUUUAUAACAAAUAUAUCUUUUAUUAUAUGAAGACAGAAGUAAUAAAAAAAU